GUCUGACAAAGUGAAUUCGGAUGAAAAAAUAUCGCAUCGACUAAUCGACCACUAUGACUCCCACGCUUCUGUUACUGGGACUCGAUUUAACGCUGUGUGCCUCAAACAAGGAUCGUCAGACAACACAAUGGAAUCCCUGCUUCACACGAACUCGUUCUCCUCAGUUUCUGCGGGGGCCGAUCCCUCCCCAUCCAGCUCUAUUUCAAGCCAUGGAGACUGCGAACAAUACGAAGACCUGCCAGAUACGCUGACAUUGCCAUCAUCUCCGCCACUUUCAACUGCUUCCCAUCAGGGAUGUGAUGGUGGUCGGAAAUCGGAUUUCAGUGCCUCUGGGCGAUCUAUUGUUGAACAAGCCCAUGUUGAAUAUCAGGACCAUCAUGGCAAUGACGAUGUAGAGUCGAUAUGCUCAUCCACCGUCCAGUAUUGUCAAGAACAGUUCGACGCCUAUAAAAUCAAAGUUAUUCAGCUCUGUCAUGACGUCGGUUUGGGCGAGCCGUCGGAAAUUGAACGUAUGGAGGGGGGAUCUUUCAACAGGGUCGUUGGACUGACCUUCCCAUCUGCUGACAAGCCUCAGUAUGUCCUCAGAGUACCUCGCUACGCUUUGAAUGAGGAACAAGCAAAGGACAUCAAAGAUCAAGUCUCCGUGCAGCUCCACCUUUCAAAAUAUGACUCUCUACCAGUCGCCACAGCUGUUGCAUACGACUCAACAACAGAGAAUGCAAUUAACUGCCAAUAUGUUCUACAAGAACGCCUUCACGGAGAAAGCAUCUGUGGCAUCUUCUAUGGACUUCCCCUUAGCGAGAAACUCCAAAUUACUACAAAAGUUGCCGAGAUGAUCUUGAACCUCGAGUCUAUUGUCUUCGACAGACCUGGGAGACUGAUUGGAGCAGACAAUAUCCCUGCUUCCUCGGCCCCCUCAGCCAAGCUGGUGGCCGGAAUCACAGUCUCGGGAUUUCGCGAUCACCCGAUGUUCGAUGGGCCGGCCUUGGAGAAGCAGCCAUUGGUUUCCCUCAUCUGGGCAUUGCUUGAACAUCGCAAGGAAGUCUAUGAUGACAUGCCGCACUUGGUAGAGAGAUGCGAGAGACUACAGGAAGUUGCAAAGGAGAUGCAAUCAGCUGGUUUGAUGCGAGUUGCAGAUAAUGACAGCGUGUUGUGGCAUUGGGAUCUUUCUGCCUCAAAUAUUUUGGCUCGACAAAUCAACGCUUCCCCAAUAGUCGAUGUCACUAUCAGUCGUGGACAAGGGAGUCGCAUCCUUCUAGACAAGAGUGACAACCACAAGUCGGUAUUGAGCUUUCACGAGACAGAUAACCAAGGUGUAUUCCACAAUGUCCGAGUCGAGACUGAGUGUCACUCUUCUACAAGCUGUCAGCAUGCGGUUGAGGUGAAAAUUGAAGAUGACGCCGGACAUGCCUUUCACCAUACGGCCAAAUUCGCACACCACAACAGAUCUGGAAAAGAGAUUUUGAUCAAUACACACAACAAAUCUACUUCAGGCGGUGGGGUACCAAAUUACGCUAAUGGCCAGCAAGAAUCAUCUGAGACAAAAGAUUCACUGAAAGGAGAUUGGGAACUCAGCGGGAUCUUGGACUGGGAUGAUGUAUUGGCUGUUCCACUAGUUUUGUCCAGGAAACCUCCAUCAUGGCUUUGGCUUAAUGAACAUGAUCGGGCGUCUUCUUGGUGUGGUGAUCGGGAUGAGAAGCCCCAGAGAGAUCUAACAGGUGAUGAACUGCUCAUCAAGGCCCAUUUCGACCAGGUAAUGACGAGAGCAAGCCCAACGUGGAUGGAUGAUGCUUAUGGCCGUGGAGUCUGGCUGAGAGCUCUGGCAAGAUAUGGGCUGUAUCCUUUUGAGGAUGGCCUCAAUUACAGCAACUAUGAUGACUUUAUAGCUGCUUGGGAUGGAUACUUUCAAUCUGUAGCAAGAUGAUCUGUAUUGGAGGGGAGGUCUCCAGCUGCGCUUUUCGAAAUGAAUGUUGAAGUCAUAACGCACAUCGUCAAUUCUCGUGCCCACUGCUAGACAUUAGAGAAUGCUACAGUACUCCAAGUACAAAUUUCUGAAGUAUAUUGCAAUCAAAGAAAACAAUUGGUUGAAAGACUCGUCAUCUGUCGAGGAGCUUUUAUUGAUAGAGGCGUGUCGCUGGGGAAGAAUAUUGAGAGCAUCGGGCUUUCGUAAUUCCCACAGGACCAACAUGCUUAAGAUUAGAUGAUGAUUCAAAUUCCCAAGUAUAGGUAACCACGACUUUUUUUGUGUUGAG